AUGCUAAAUAUUGGUGGUCCAGAAACAACCAAAGACGUGUUUUACUUCCUUUUGCGGCUCUUCAACGACCGUGAUUUGCUUCGGGUGCCUUUUCAGAGGACGUUUGCUUCAUGGAUUGCUCGUCGUCGCACUCCUAUACUGCAAGAAAAGUACGACGAAAUUGGUGGCGGUUCUCCACUUAUCCAGUGGGCUACUUGCCAAGGAAAAGGGCUGAUUCGCGCGUUAGACAAUAUUAGCCCAGAAACAGGCCCUCACAAGUACUAUCUUGGCAUGCGAUAUGUUCAUCCACUUACAGAAGAAGCAAUUAAUGACAUUGAGGCUGAUGGCGUGGAGCGCGUUGUGGCAUUCAGUCAGUUUCCGCAGUACAGCUGCAAUACCUCCGGCAGUAGCUUUAAUGCCAUUGCUGCACACUAUAACGAACCUGGUAGCAGUGGUCUAGCUGGCAUUGAUUCCAUACCACCACCCAAGUCUCAGACUGGUAAGGUUCCCCGACGUCCUGGUACUAUUUGGUCAUUCCUUGAUCGGUGGCCCACAGCUAUGCCCGAAUUCGCGGAGGUGGUGGCUGAGAAUAUCCGUCAUGAGCUCUCCCAUCUGCCCCCAACUGUUAACAAGGAAAAUACCAUUAUUCUAUUUAGCGCUCAUUCUCUUCCAAUGCAGAUCGAGGUAUCAGCAACAGCUCACGCGGUGAUGGAGAAACUGAAUUUUGCACUGCCCUACCGGCUGGUGUGGCAAUCGAAAAUAGGGCUGGGACGUUGGAUGGGACAGGACAUUGCAAGCGCUCUGCGAGGGCUUGCUCGUCUUGGUCAAAAACAUGUUGUCAUUGUUCCAAUUACCUUCACCACUGAACACGUUGAAACCCUCCACGAGCUGGACAUUGAGUACUGUUCAGACUUGGCUAGAGAAGUUGGCAUGGUCAGCGUUCGACGAGCCUCCGCCCCCAAUGAUCAUCCCCUGUUCAUUCAGGUAUCCUUUAUUGCAUUUUCCCUGUCUUAUUGA